CUGAUCUGGGCCUCUGCUCUGCGUGGAGGCAUGGACCAGACGGAAGCCCUGCCCGACGACACGCUCACCAACGUCCUCGGCCGCCUUCCGCCGUGCGACCUCGCCGCGUCCCGCUGCGUCCGCAGGACGUGGUGUGCCGUCGUCGACACCCACCGCCUCUUGGUGCCGCACCUGCUCCCGCACUCGCUGCACACGGUAUCUUCGUCAACUACAUCGACUACAAUCGCCCGCGCUACUUCGCCCGCCCCUCGGCGCAGAAGCCCGCGAUCGGCUGCAACCUAGACUUCUUGCCUGGUUAUGCCCAUGAUUACGAGCCAAUCGCCGAUCACUGCAACGGUCUCUUGCUUUAUGGGGGUCAGACGGACUCGUUGUACGUGGCCAACCCCGCCACAAGACGGUGGGAAGAUCUCUGCCGCAAGGGUGGCGACUGCAAGAGGAACCCAUACCUUGUGUUCGACCCUGCAGUCUCACCCCACUAUGAGGUGUUUUCGAUCCCGUAUGUACCCGUGGAUCCUGCACAAGAUUCCACGGAAUGGCCACCAUCCUCGUGGAUGUUAGAUGUAUUCUCGUCUAGUACAAGGCAAUGGUACCAGACGUCUUUUCUCCGCCAAGGCGAGGCUAUGGGGACAGUGGCUACUGCUCGACUAGAUCCUAUGAUGCCGUGGUCGGGCGGUCCAAGGUGGCGCUAUAGUGUGUAUUGGCGAGGAUCACUUUAUGUUCAUUGCAGAGGUGUGUUUGUCGUGAGAUUAUCUUUGUCAGAUGGCAAGUACCAAGUAAUUAAAAUGCCAAUGAAUAUUGCAAAAGGCCAACAGGGUAUGUAUCUUGGAAAAUCAGAAAAAGGGGUAUACCUCGCAAUGAUGACACAUGAUACAGUACAUCGACUCCGGGUUUAUAAUCUUGUUGAAUCAAGCAAACAGAUCAACUGGGUGUUGAAGUAUGAUGUUGAUCUUGAGCCAUGGACAACGGAAUGGUUGGACAACCUCAAGGGGUUUGACAAAACUUGGAAGCUAGAUGAAGGAGAUGACGAUGUGGACGAGGGCGAAGAAGAAGAAGAAGAAGAAGAAGAAGAAGAAGAAGAAGAAGAAGAAGAAGAAGAAGAAGAAGAAGAAGAGGAGGAGGAAGAAGACGAAGAGGAAGAAGAAGAAGAAGAAGAAGGAGAAAAUCAAGGAAUGCUAAAGGGGGAUAAUCUGGAAUGGGACUCCGACUAUGAUAAUGUUCUGGAUCUUAAAGAUGGUAGGGGAGGCUUCUUUAGGCAUGUCGACUGCCUUGGCUUUCACCCGUACAACGAGGUUGUUUUCUUGGAUUUAUCAUUUAAAGUAGUGGCUUAUCAUUUGAAAACCUCGAUGGUUCAGAAUCUAGGCAACAUCCGCCCAAGUGAUUACCACCUUGCACACACAAAUGGCAUGUACGGAUUAUUUCCGUACACUCCUUGCAUGAUUGGGGAACUUCGAGAGCACGCUUCAAGGAGUCAUCGUGGACAUUAGCACAUUUUAACUGUUUAGCUACAUCAGUUUAAGGAAUGAUAAGCCUUCUCCAAUUUACUUUUAUUGACGUUGGUUACGCGGAACAAGGGUCCUGCAUAUUAUUUAGACGAUUCAAGGUUCAAGUCAAGUGUCGAGAA